AUGACACAAAUAAAUAACCGAGCUGAGCCAGUUGAUGUUAAAAAACCGGAAAAGCAGCCCCAAAAACAAAAAUAUUUUAAAUUAACGUUUAAUGAAUUAUUAAAUGUUUUGUGUACAGCUACAAUUCCCAUAGCUAUCGUUAUUUAUACAACAAUAACAAGAGAUCAACAAACACAAGCAGCUAGAGAACGAAGUCAAUUUGAUUUGAAACAAGCAUCUGAAUUACAACAACAACAAAUCUAUAAUCGUUUUAUAGAUGAUAUUUAUACAUUACAUAGAGGAGGCGAAUUGAAUAAUACUUCUAGACCAUGGGUAUUUGCUAAUGCACGUCACAGAGCUGCACAUCUUCAAUGGGAUGUAUCUCGGAAAGCACAUGCAUUACAAUUUCUUAAGGAAAAAGAAUUAAUUGGUAGGCAACAAUGUGAAACUGGAUGCGAACUUAAACAAUUCGAUGAUAUUAUUCAAUUAAAUGGAUUGAAUUUGGACAACGUCCAUCUAACAAGUCAAACUGAUACUGUGAAUCAACUAAAUAUGAAAUGUGUUCAAUUUGAACAAGUUUCAAUGACGAACGCCACCUUUUCAUUUGUUAAUCUUAAUGGUGCAUCAUUUAACGGUUCACGAUUAAAUGGUGUAAAGUUUGAAGGAUCGACUCUUGUUUGUGCAACAUUUAAUGGUACAGAAUUAGAUGGCACAGAUUUUGGUGAUUCAAAUUUGACUAAUGCCCAAUUUGUUAAUGUGGACCUAUCAACAGCAAAAUUAACAAAAAGUCAAAGACACCAAGCUAAAUUGGAAAAUACAAUAAUGUCGAAUACAAGAGUUAGUGAUGGUACAACUCAUUUUCUAUCAACUGUUGAUAUACCAAAUACAUCUGAUCUUAAAACAUCAACAGAUACAGGUGCUACGACAAAUAAAGUUCGAAAUACAACUACAAAUACGCUAAGUAUCUCACCGUGUGCAAUAUGGAAUGAAAAUGGUACUACGAUUGCCGGUAACGCAAAUGAUUUAGAAGGAUCAGAUUUAUCAUCUCUAAAACAGCCCCACGGAAUAUUUGUUGAUUUGGACGAUAACAAUACGUUGUAUGUAGCAGAUUUGGGCAAUAAACGCAUUCUAAAAUUUAAACAAGGUGAAAUGAUUGGACAAGCGGUUGCAGACAAUUUUACUAGGCCUGUUAGCGUUUUCGUUGAUAAUGACAAUAAUUUAUAUGUUGCUGAUACUGGAAAAGUAUUAAAAUUUCGUCCAAAUACAAGUGUUGGUGUGACAGUAGCUGGUGGAAAUGAUGUGGGUUCCGGACUGUAUCAACUAAGUAAUCAUACACCUGGUCUUAUGAUGGAUCAAGAUAAUAACCUGUAUAUAUCAGAACAUGAGAAUCACCGAAUUGUCAAAUGGGAACCAAAUGCACAAACUGGCAUUUUAAUUGCUGGUAAAACUAAUAUGACAGGAAACGAUUCUAUUCAUCUUAAUUAUCCGCAAACAAUCUUUGUUGAUUCGAUCCACAAUGCUUUAUAUGUUGUUGAUCAAGCAAAUUCUCGAAUUCAACGAUUUCAUCCGAUCGGUAAUAAUAGUGGUGAAACGGUUUCUGGAAGUGAUACAGAAGGUAAUAGUCUAUUUAAAUUGAAAAAUCCAAUCGGUAUUGUUGUAGAUAGUGAUGAAAAUAUUUAUAUAACCGAUAAUGGAAAUGAUCGUAUAGUUAAAUGGAUGGCACGAAAUUAUACGGCUGGUGGUGUUUGUAUUGUCGGACGUUGCAAAUCGGGCGGCAGGCAAUCUAAUGAACUGCGUGCUCCGUUCGAUUUAAAAUUUGAUAGUGAUGGAAAUUUAAUUGUUUCACAAACUAAUAGUAUACAAAAGUUUGCAAUUAUACGUAAUCGGUGCGAUUAA